AUGAGCUCCGACUCUCAAGACAACUCAUCCUCUUCAUCUUCUUCGUCAAAGCCGUCGCCUCGAGAGGCUCUGCCAGCGCCAGGCUCUCAUGGCGGCGAGGAUGUCACAACGCUCGACGUCAGCGGCUCAGGCACAACCGUUAAGCUGGACGCCCUCGGCCCGCUCGUCGUCAACGUGGACGGCACCAUGUCCCGCAUCUCCAACUGGGAUAAGAUGGCAGAGAUCGAAAGACAAAACACACUGCGCAUCAUCGGUAAGCGGAACCAACAACGUCUGGCUGCCCUGAGAGAGGCCCGUGGCAUCAGCGAAGGGAGCAAUGGCAUAGGCGCUAGUGGCAAUCACGACACCGAUGGCAAACAAUAG